AUGCGAUACAACCUCAAGUCCUUUUCCAGUCUCUUAGUGGGCGGUUUGCUCGCUACUUCUGCCGCAGCAGAGCUCACCAAAGUCCCACGGGGAGCCGACCUAAACAGCAUCGCCGGGCGCGAAGAUGUGGAACUCGCAGAGUUCGCAAAGCGAGCCAACGACCGGUGCGCACUGGAGCUCAGGCGCCGAGGCCUCACUCCUCGCGGUGACACCAUCAAUGUUGGAAUGGGUUCCGCCAAGAGGGGCAAGGCCGACGAUACGAUGAAAGCGGACAGUAUAUCGAUCUGCAUCGGGGCAGCUGUGGUCGGGAAGUAUGACAACGACGAUAAGGAAAAGAAGGAAGACAGCAAGUUCUUGACCCAUCUCGCGGCGGGAUUCUGGUCCAAUACUUGGACAGACUUCAAAUCCAAAGUCAACUCCGCCAAGGAUAAAGGGCUGAAAAGCAUGAAGUCCACACUGGUCAUCAUCGAUAUGAGCAGCGUGGACAAGGACAACGAACCUUGGGACCAGCGAAGGAAAGAUACCCAGCAGAAAAUACACGACACUAUCGAGAGCGACCUGAAGAGUCUCACUCGGAGUUCUCCCAAGAUCGUGACGCGCAGUAUCCUCGAUGGUAUGAAGAUGGAAAUAGACAAGGAUGGCGACAUCAAAGUUGACGAGGAUUAA